CUCCAACCCCGCCAAGCGCCAUGAAACUUCCAAGAACCUUAGGAAAGUCUGUUGAAACCCACCGUGUCCACUCACAAACACGCUGAAGGAGGAUCGCCCAAGCGGUCCGACUCGAGAUGCCCUUUUGCUUCCUUAUCGCGGGUUUCGUCCAAGCAUCUCAGCACGCUGCCGAGCCUAGAUCAAGCAUCCGUCCAAGAAACUCACACGCCAAGCCGUCCGCUGUCACCACUCUUGAAACCGCGAUCCCCGCGCUUUGCAGGAUGAACAUUGAAAAGAGCGAGGGUGCCCAGAGAUUAUGCUGCAAGCCGACUUUUUGUUGAAGAUGCCGUUCAUGAAUCCAAAGGGAAUGUCGACGCUGGGGCACACGUUUAGAAACUUCGACCAGACAAUUCUCACCGUCAAGGUCGGGAAGGGCGAUUGUCCAGAGUCUUUCAGCUGCCAUCGGGAGCUGCUCCGAAGAUGCUCCGCGUACUUUGAUCGCGCCCUGCAACAGCAAAGCUCCUCGCCCUACAAAACCGGAGACUCCGCCCUCGAGCUGGAGGACACAAACCCCGAUGUCUUCGACGCCUUUAUGAUGUGGCUUUAUACCGGUCACAUCCCGCAUCAUCUGAUCGAAGGCGGCAAGGAAGUGCAAGCCCCCACGCACUCCAUUAAUCUCAAUGGAGACGCGAACGGCACCUCUACUCCUGACCAGAGUGACGACGUGGAUGCGGCGUCGUGGGGCAUCAACCUCGACAGCGACGACACGCCUGUGGACGGCCAGCAGAACGGCGAGACGACGCCCGCUCCUGAGAAUGGAGCCGAGAAGAUACCCGGCGAUGGCGAGAGCGAGAAGAGCGGCGCAGCACCUCCGACCCGCUUGACCGCUGCCGAGAAACCAGACAUUCCAAAAGAGACACUCUGUCCUUGCUGCUCGCGGCCGUACAAGUGGCGAGGUCUAGAAGGCUUCCUCGAGCGACGAUUCAUCGCCCUCUACGUCUUUGCGCACCGCUACGAGAUACCCAAACUGCGUCGUGACGUUAUUGUGGCCUGGCAAACCAAUGACGAGAUACUACAAUCAAUGCCUGAUCACGACAACGUUAUCACCGCAUACGAAAGCCUGCCUCCAGACUCGCCGCUGUGCAGGUACUUCCUCGACAUGUAUACCGUUUACUGGGACCCCGCAAAAGACAACGAGCGCAUGAUUGCCCUCCGGUCACAACUGCCGCAGGCAUUCCUCUUCGAGCUAGCCACCGCGUUAGCGAAGGGCGAGCGACCGAAGACGGAAAAGGAGUGGUGCGAGUGGCACGAGCAUGAAGACGAGGCAGCGAAGAAGGCUUGCCUAGAGGAAAUGGUGAAGGAUCCGGCGGCUGCCAAAGCCAUGAAGAGGAUUAAGGAUACGAAGGGGUGGAAAGGCCUCGUGCUCAAGAAGGGAAAGCGGUAGUCGUCAUGCACACGAGCCUCGAAGGCACCCAGAACCCAUACGCCGAUUUUCUUUUUUGUGGUAAAAGACGGCGUUCCAUGUAAGAGUUUCAGCGAUCGCAGGUUUCAGUCAGAUCAAUCGACCCAGAUAUACCCGAUACAGAACAC